UUUCUUCUUCCGAGAAACCAACACACAUGGACUAAUCCUGGAAGUUUUCGGUGAUGGAUCGAGAUUACUCACUAUUUUUUGUUUUCUAACAUCAAUAUUCUCAAGUAGCAUGCAUACCGCGAAAGUAGUUCAACGUUUCUCUUUUUGUCGAUUACUGCAACAAUGGUUGUUGCUCGGUACACUCCUCGCGGGGCGUCCAGGCGUUUCAGCUUUCUGUGAUGAACUUUCAGACCCUUCUUGGGAUUCCUUGGUUGAUUGGAUGACACUGGUCGAGCCUUUGGGGUUCGGUAUUGUCUGCCCUUUUCAAAUCUCUGGAUCUGCUUGUCCGAAGAUCGAAACAUCCUUCGAAGUUACAUCCCCAAACUUCUACAUUAUCUGCGCGAAUUUUCUGGGCGGAUCGGGGGAUUCCUGCUUGCUUGACUGUCCUUCUACGCAUAUAUCAAUAGCUCCUUAUUCUCAAUUGAUUCUGGAAGGCUGGACUUUAAGAAGCACAAAAGGAACGCCCGCAGUAGUUGUGGAAUCAAACGCUGAGUUUGUUGCCUACGGCUCAACUUUUGAAAACAACCAAAAUACCGUUGGAAACGGUGGUGCCAUUUUCGCCGAUACAUAUUCGACGGUAGUUUUGGAAGAUUCUUCUUUUGUGGAAAACUUUGCUCUUAAUGGUGGUGCACUAUACAGUUUGGGCACUGUAGUCAUUGUGAAUGGCAAUUUUCAGAGAAACAAAGCAAUAGAAAGCGGAGGUGCGGUCUACUUGGAUGGACCCCUCGGAAGUUCGGCUAGCAUCCGUACCAGUCGCUGGGAAGGAAACCGUGCCCGUGUUAUUGGGCCUUCCGUAUUUCAGAACUCAACUGACGUUGCUAUACAAACACAAGGAAAUACCGCAUGUAACAAUUUGAAUUUCGAAGCACUUUCGUAUUGUGACGGAAUUGAAGAUGGCAGCCGAAAAUGCUUGCCGUUUGGAGAGAAAUGCACCUUUUCAACUAGUGCCCCUACAUCAAUCCCUACCUUGACUCAAUCUCUGGUUCCAACAUCAAGCUCAAUUGAGUCUCCCACUCAAAUUCCAGCGUCGCGUCCGUCACUGCGCCCAACACUGGCUGGAGCAACACCUACAGUAACACCAAUCAAUACACCGUCCGAUGUCCCAUCACUUGUUGAAGCCGCCACUUUGUCAACUGCAGUGCCUGCCGGUCUUGAUUUUACAUCUGACGCACCAUCACCUGUUCCAUUAACACCAGUACCUACACGGAUGCUAAGCAAUAUACCGUCUGAUGUCCCAUCCUUGGUCCCAACAUCAAAAGCAUCAACUGACGUGCUGACUGCGAAAGUAUUUACUUCCGGCGUCCCUUCACUUAUUCCAACUAUUAUAAACAGAGAAUAGCCCAAUUGUUAAAUUGAC